AGAUACAAAUCCUCUCUCUCCCUUUGUCUCCCGCAGAAAAUGACGACGCCGCCGUUUGAGACCCUUGUCCUCCGGCCGCGUCUCGAUGAGUGAGCGGAACUGGUUUUCUUAUUUGUCUUCAUAUUAGCGGAAUUGAAGUCAAACUCUCUCUCUGCGAAGCUCAUACUUUUGGCCGGUUUUUCAAGGAAAGUUGUAAUUUUCCAGGAAGCAAUCGCGAUUGUUGCUUACGGAUAUCGGUUGGCUUCGAUUGGGCUUGCUGUGUUUCUCGAGAAUUUCGGGUUCUUUGUGGAAGCUUCAGCGAUAGAAGCUGUUGGAGUUGGAGCUAGAGAUCAUAUGUUCUUGGAUCCUUCUGGUGUCAAGAGCUCAGUAGAAACCCUAGUUGGGAUUCGGUGAUUAUGAGCCCUAGAAGUUGAAUUGCGUCUUUGAAGUCGAUUUUGUUUUGAAGGAAUUGUAAGGUUUGGGAAGGCGGAUUAUGGUGGAGUUAGAUAUUUCGUCACCAAUGACGGUUUCUACCGCUUCGAGAGAAGCCAGUGUAACUUCUUCUGGUAAUCAGACGGCACCACAACCAGUGGCACCAACGAAGAAGAAGCGGAAUCUCCCUGGGACGCCAGAUCCGGAUGCGGAGGUGAUCGCUUUGUCACCCAAAACCCUAAUGGCAACGAACCGGUUCGUCUGCGAGAUCUGCAACAAAGGGUUCCAACGCGACCAGAACCUUCAACUUCACCGGCGCGGCCACAACCUCCCAUGGAAGCUUCGGCAAAGAACAAGCAAAGAGGUUCGGAAGCGAGUAUACGUUUGUCCCGAACCUACCUGUGUUCAUCACGAUCCGACGAGAGCGCUAGGAGAUCUCACCGGCAUAAAAAAGCAUUUUUGUAGAAAACAUGGCGAGAAGAAGUGGAAGUGCGAGAGGUGCUCCAAGAAGUACGCCGUGCAGUCAGAUUGGAAGGCGCAUUUGAAAACUUGCGGUACCAGAGAAUACAAAUGCGAUUGCGGAACUUUGUUUUCGAGGAGGGAUAGCUUCAUCACACACAGGGCUUUCUGUGAUGCUCUAGCUCAGGAGAGUGCUAGAGCGCAGGUCCUUCCCAGUACCAACACUGAGGAAAAUCCAGAAAUUGAGACAGCUGUUUCGUCAUCCCCAACUGCUCUCACUCCGUCGACUACUGUGCUGUCCAUUCAAAGCCCUGGUGCAGAUAUGACGGAAAAUCCGGUGGGAGUGUUGCAGCAAGCACCAGCGACUAUAUCGUUAACCACAGGCACAGUGACCAGCUCCAGCAGCAGCAGCAGUACCAGUGUAUUUGCAAGUAUCUUUGCUCCUUCCACAACACCAGUGACAUCCCAGCCAUCCCAAUCAUCGUCCACAUUCUCCGAUCUAAUAUGCGCAAUGGGUCGCUCCGAGCGUUCCACCACCCUGCCAUCAUCUUCCACGGCAGAGCCCACCCUCCGUCUCUCCUCUUCACUAUACCUAUCCAACAGUGCCUCCUCCCUCUUUCCAACCCCUGAUCAAAACCAUCGGCACUACGCUCCAUCUCCACAGCCGGCAAUGUCGGCUACCGCAUUAUUGCAGAAGGCAGCACAAAUGGGGGCAGCAGCAUCAAACGCGUCCUUGCUUCGGGGCUUAGGAUUGGCAAUGUCACCGUCUUCGUCUGCACAGAAAGAUAGCAGCACCACCCAGUGGAGCGGGCAUGUAAAGGCAGAUAGCAAUCCGGUAGGAGCUGGGCUGGGAUUGGGGCUUCCCUCGGAGGGAGGCCCUGCUUUAACCGGGCUAAUGAUGGGUCCAUCAUCGCUAUUUGUGAACAAGCCAACCACUCUUGAUCUUCUGGGGCUGGGUAUGGUUCCUGGUGGCGCUUCCACGGCUGGACUCUCUGCCCUGCUUACUUCUAUCAGCGGUGGCGGCCUUGAUAUUGCAGCUGCCGGAUCUCCUUUGGGAGGAGCAGCAGCUGCUACUGCCGAGGCUGCACCUGAUAGAAAGCAUAACGGGCCUGCUCUCCUAUAGAAGAUCAUUUCCUGUAUUUUUAUUAUGGGUAAUUUUCUUUCCCUAUUUUUCCCUUUUUUUUUCGGGUAUUAUGCAGAUAGCCAGAUAUAGAUCUCUCCCUUUUUUUUCCCCUAGAAGUUGUUUUUGUAUUAGUUAACCUUUUAGGUGUAAGUUUAAUUUAUCAUGUGACAUGUGAAGCGGUGUACAGCAAUUUCUACAGUUGCUAGUGUUAUUAGUUACAAAAUUCAAUCCAAAAAUAUUGAGCAGUUCUUUUUG